GGGGUUCAUUGGGGGCGAAGAUUUCCAGCGUUUUCGCUUCUCGCCAUGGAGCCAGAGCCGGAAAUGCGGGAGAUCCGGGUGGUGGGCUUCCUGGGCGUCUCGGACUAUGGCCUGGGCCAGCUGGAGACGCUGAUCAAAAGGUACACUGUCGCCUUCGCGACGGCGAAGAAGAAGCACACUGCGCAUGCAUCCGGCUUGGAUACGAAGUUGGAAGAAAAACUGUGCAUGGUGAACCGCAUUCCCUACCUGGGCAGUGUGGAUGCGAACUCCGCGGAGCUGGUGGCCAGGGCGGGCGAGACGGAUCUGGUGGUGAUCGGUGGUUAUGACGGCAUUCUGAAGAAGCCCUUCUUGGAGGCUCCGCGGCACGGCGUCAUCAACACCCACCUGGGGCUCUUGCCCCUGAACCGCGGCUGCUGCCCCACACUUUGGGCGCAGUUGCACGGUUUGCCUCAGGGCUAUACCACCUACUUGGUAGGAGAGGCAAUAGACCACGGCCCCAGCCUGGACCGCUACGAGGCGCCCGCCUCGUUGGGCGCCCUGCGCGACGACAACCGUCGGGUCUACGACGCGUUGGCGGAGGCUGCUGUGGGCCGAUUUGCUGCAGCGCUGAAGCGGCUAGAGUCUGGAAAAGCGCUUAAGCCUUGCUCAGGACCGGAGGCGUACCACAAGAAGGGCAUGCCCAAUGAUGGAUGGCUGUCUUUCUUCUGGACUGAUGAGUUUCUGCUCCGCUUCUCCCUGGCCCUGGACUUUGCUCCAUAUUUGCCCGGCCGCACCCGCCAGGGAAGCGAGCGGGCUGGGCCGAUGCCAGGAACAUGGCGAUGUCCCUCAAAGGGUUACGAAGGAGAUCUUCCUGGCCAUCCUCUCCUCGGAGGCCGAGCCCGUGCCUGCGGCACCUGCUGUUGUGCCGGGCACCGUCUUGGAAGUCAUUGGCCAGGACCUCACCGUGAAGACCACGGAGGCCGCCGUGCGCUGCCGCUUGCGCAAAGGGCCCAUGCCGGAGCUCGGAAGUGUUCUUGCCUCAGGGCGUCCAGAGUCAGAUGCGGAAGGCGGAUGUGCGCACCCCAUUGAUGCAGACUUCAGUGGCAAGGAGCUACCGCUGCAUCGCUACAUCAUCUCUGAGGUAACGGCGGGCAAAAAGACAGUCCGGCCUGCACGUGGUGCAAUUUAACUGCAAC